AUGGUGGAGGAUGAUGGGGUUCGAUGGAAUUCAACUUUAGUUUGUAGUUGGUUCUUGGAGGAGGAAGCGGAUUUGAUUUUAAGUAUACCCUUGAGUUUAUUCUACCGUGCGGAUUCGUUGAUUUGGAUAAAGGAACCUAAGGGCUUGUUCACUACGAAGAGUGCGUACUUUGUGGCUCGAUCGGGUUCAGGAAUGAGUGGUGAUGAGCCUAUGGGAUCGGUGAUUAAUGGUGAUACAAGAUUCCUAUGGAAAGCUUUGUGGCGAGCUAAGGUCCUGGGGAAAGUGAAAAUUUGCGUAUGGCAUGGUUAUAUGAAUGCUUUGCCUUCCAAAGUUAAUCUGAAGACCAAACGGACAAUUAUAGACGAGACUUGUGGUUUUUGUGAUAAAGAGGCAGAGACUGUUGAACAUGCUCUUCUAAUGUGUCCUAGAGGGGCAACGGUGUGGUUUGGAAGUCCAUUGGGCAUCCGUUCUUUACAUCUAAUUAAGGAGGGCUUUCGUCGUUGGUUGGAGUAUAUGGCGCAAAAUGCGUCCAAGGAAAGCUUUGAUUUGCUUCUUGUUCUUGUUUGGAGUAUUUGGAAGGUUCGUAAUGAGUUCAUUUGGAAUGGUGUUGAGGUUUCUCCUUUGGAUAUCCAAAUCAAGGCACAAACAUGGUUGGCUGAGUUUAGAAAAUGGAAUGCAAGGGAACUGCAUAACUCUUCGGAAAGAACAACUAAAUGGCAGUUGUCGGCACAUGAAAAAGGUGCGACAGAUGUGUCGGAAAUCAUGUGGGUGGUCACACCCAAAGUCACGGAUGUGAUGAACCAGGAGCUUUUUCGAUAG